UUCUGAAGUAUAAGAUAAGGAUCGUUAGAUUCUUCAUUCUAAACAAUUAUCGAUUUUUCAAAGUAAAAUUUAAAGUGAUUUAAGUGUUUAAAUAUUGAUUUAGCUAGACAGAAUUGAUCUUGUUAUGACCCAAUUAAGUUUCACUUCCGGUAAUGGAUCUUGUCAAAAACUUUUAUUUUUCUAAUAUUUUGCUUAUUUACACGUUGAUUGGAGUAUUAAGAUGCAUUAAGGCCAUUUCUACAGAAGGAACAUGCGAUGGAGAAUCGUGUGAUAUCGAGUUUGAUCCAUAUUCACCCUUAAUAAAGUGCUCAUACUUGCCUUCUGAGUUCAUAACAUGUGAUGAGCCUGUUGACCAUGGAGGUAAUGCCACAGCCAGAGAUCUACUAGGUUAUGGAUGUGCAAAGUGGGGUGGAGAAAAAUAUGAUGAGGUUGACCAUACUGCUGUGAUAUGCCAUGCAUUGGAUGGCAUUGAGUGCCAUGGCAACAGAACAUUCCUCAAAGAUGGCUUCCCAUGUAUAAGAUAUAAUGGACAUUACUUUGUGACAACUCUGAUCUACUCAGUACUGUUGGGGUUCCUUGGGGUGGAUCGCUACUGUUUGGGACAUACAGGGACCGCUGUCGGGAAGAUGUUAACCCUUGGUGGCGUGGGAAUCUGGUGGAUUGUUGAUGUUAUAUUACUUGUAACUGGAGGGUUAAGACCUGCUGAUGAUAGUAACUGGGUUCCAUAUUAUUGAGGA